UAUAAAAACGACGUGUUCCGCUCGGCUCUCCAUUUGCUGGAAUCUACUAAAUCGGAAAUGCAGACCGUCACGCGUCUACUUCUUCUCUCCUGCGUCGUUGCAUUGGUGGGAGCAGCCGCCGUUUCUGAUGGUUCAAGAUCGGCGAACUGCAACUCAAAUGGGAUACCCGUCUGCACACGCGAGUAUGCCCCGGUCUGUGGGGAUGAUGGCCAGACUUACUCCAACGAAUGCAUGCUGUGCCUUGCUAUUUAUGAGUCGGGUAACAGAGUUGGCGUCAGCCGGAAAGGAGAAUGCUAAGGGACUGAAUGCUGAAGAGUCCACUGCCUGUGUGUAGAGAUCGCAAUAUAUCCCAUUGAGCAUUUUUAAACUCUGCGUCACUUGCAGCCUUUGUUUUGGCCAAGGGAGUAAGGGGCAUUUUUUCACAUUUUUUUAGUCGAUCAGAUACAUUAAUAUAAGAGUGAAAAUGUUUCUUUUUAUCUUGCUAUUUUCCUUGAACUUUUUUGAAUAAAGUCUUAAAAGGUACAUGGAAUGUC